CUGAGAUCCUGUACAGCUGGUUGCUAGGUAACAGCUCACAGCACACAGACAGGCUCCUUUACAGGGAUAAGUGCAAAGAUUUGACACGACUUCCCUACACACAUUUUCACUCUUUGUACAAAGCAGACUGGGGCUUCCUGCAGUACUUACUGAUAUUAUCUACUUCUGUUUCUCCAAUAAUAAGGGACAGAACGGCCAGACGUUUCAUUCUCAUCUCUUUAUUGUGGAUGUUCCAGAGAUUUCUCAUGUAUCAAUGUCCUGUAGUCUAAUGACUUACCCAUAUGGCUCUGUACUGGCUCACUAAUGGCUUAUGUUUGCUGCUUCAGCAUUCCUCUCUGUUACGUGGGUUGCCAUUGGCAUUGGACUCAGUGCGCUGACUCAAUAGGCCACACAUACAAAGCAAUGCUCAGUGUACGUAAUAGGCUGUGUAUGUACUGCACAUCUAAUUAGAAAUAAAUGCCAUAUAAACCUCACUCAUCAAAAGGGGACACUUCCCCUUUAAGAGCAGGAAACAGAGGUGACUUCCACCUGGGGAUGUGACAGUUGGUUCAGUCCGUUGGUUGUCACUUUGGUGAGAGACAUCGGGCUACAGCGUGUUUGCCGCGUUUCCUGCGAUCUUUGCGAUUUUUUCUGCAAGUUCUGCACGUUUGCUGCUCAUCGUCAUCAGAGCAUUUUUUGGCUUCCCCCUAGUUUGAUAUAAUCCAUCCUUAUCAGAACUAGUUUUUUGGGAUAGCCAGGGUCUCCUCAGGGAGACCCCUUGGGGUACCCGGCCUUGUGCCGGUCCCUUUUUUUUUUCUUCCAGAAGCGAAAACAUCUACGACUUCUGCGUUUUUUUGAAAGACGACUGAAACAUCAUGGAGCGCUCCAUAGAGAUGGAGUCGGUUUUGUUGACCUGGAAGAACUUCAGGGAGGAGGAGGAGACAGACAUCGAGAGUCUCCUCUAUUUUUAUGAACAUCACUACAGGAGAGAGUUCGGGAAGAUCGACGACUUAGCCAACUUCCUGAUCCGAUAUGCAGCCACCCACCAGUACCUGACUAGGGCGAACCUCGUCUACUUCAUCUACGUGGUCAUGAAUCUGGAACAACUGGAUAAUAUUGUGGCUGAUUUCCAGCUGCCGGAAUCACCUCUCAGAGACAUCAACAUGGACCCAGAGGAGGUUGCUGAAGCCUUGAAAGUAAGUGUCCGGAUCACUGUCUCUGUCCCUCAUCCUUCCUCCAAUACAGAGUAUAAAUGUCUUAUUUACCCUUUGCUCCUCUCCUUGUGUCUUCCCCGACAGGCUUUAAGAUCAAUAUCGGAGGGCAUGGAGAGAAAACUCCUCGAGAAGGAGAAGGAGCUGGAAGAAGCUGCCAUGACCAGUCAACAGGAAAAGGUGGAGGAAGAUCACCUGCAGGAAGAGGAGACCAAUCGAGAGGAGCAAGAAGAGGUGGAACACCAUUUAGAGGAACGAGAGAAGCAAAAGAAGGAACCAGACGAAGAUGUUCCUGCCGAAAAGAAAGAGGAUGUGGAAGAUCUGGAGAAAGAUGAUCCUCCUGAACAGCAAGAAGAGGGGAUAGAACUGGAGGAACAAGAGGAGCAAAUGCAGGAACAAGAGGAAGAUGUUCCUGCUGAAAAGAAGGAAGAGGCAGAAGAACCAGCGAAAGAUGAUCCUGCUGAAAAGAAAGAAGAAGAGGUGGAAGAACUGGAGAGAGGUGUUCCUGCCGAAAAGAAAGAGGAUGUAGAAGAUAUGGAGAAAGAUGAUCCUUCUGAACAGCAAGAAGAGGGGAUAGAACUGGAGGAACAAGAGGAGCAAAUGCAGGAACAAGAGGAAGAUGUUCCUGCUGAAAAGAAGGAAGAGGCAGAAGAACCAGCGAAAGAUGAUCUUGCUGAAAGAAAGAAGAAGAGGUGGAAGAACUGGAGAGAGGUGUUCCUGCCGAAAAGAAAGAGGAUGUAG